AUGAAGUUACUAGACGUGAGAGCUGUUCUCGACCGGGAAACGGACAUCCAACAAACCGAUCCUGAACGUGAAGUUCUGAAGGAGCUUGAUGACAAAGGUACUCGUUAUGCGAUAUUGUCACAUCGCUGGGGCGCCGAAGUCGGUUACAAAGAGAUGAUUGGGCUCAUGAAGAUGGAGGAGCGGAAGAGAGACGAAGUCAGGCGGCGCGACGGCUACCAGAAGAUCAUCAAGAGCUGUGAGCAAGCUAUGAACGACGGCUACGAAUGGUUGUGGAUAGAUACCUGCUGCAUCGACAAGCGGAGUAGUUCAGAGCUAUCGGAAGCCAUCAAUUCGAUGUAUCGGUGGUACCAAAAUGCACAGGUGUGCUAUGCGUACCUCAACGAUGUUGACGAGUCGGUCUUCCCUGUCCAGCGAGAUGGCAACAAGUUCGACAAGUCCAAUGGCUGGCCGGAGUGGUUUGUGCGGGGUUGGACACUACAGGAACUCAUCGCACCCAGGCGGAUGGAAUUCUUCAACAAGGACUGGGUGUCUAUUGGUUGCAAACGGCAACUUGCACUGAUGUUGGAGAGAAUUACGCACAUUCCCCGGGAACUUUUGAAGGACGGCCUGGCUGGGCAGCGUCUCAGUGUCGCGCAAAUCAUGUCGUGGGCGGCUGACCGAAAGACAACGCGCGUGGAAGACCGGGCAUACUCGUUGAUGGGGUUGUUUGGAGUAAACAUGCCGAUGUUGUAUGGAGAGGGGGAGAAGGCAUUUGAGAGGCUACAACUAGAAAUCAUCCGCGUAUCCAACGAUCAGAGCAUAUUCGCAUGGAAUCCAUGGAAGCUGCGGGCGGGCAGUGUCCUGGCAGAAGAUCCAAGCGACUUUCGUGAUCGUGGCAACAUCAGGAAGGUGGAGACCAACGAAUUUGUCGACAGACUAAUCAUAUGGAGCACAUUGAACGGAACGAACUUGGGAACCCCUGGUACAUCCAGCCAACUUUGCACAUUCACUGUCAACAAUGCGGGCAUCAAAGUGUGCUUGCCCGUCAUCCCCUCUCGUGACACCCCACCUUAUUUCAAGGCCAUAUUAGCAUGCAGUGACUUUCGGGGUAAUCUGGUCACUAUCAAUUUGGUAUCCUCUGGGUCUAGCUUCGACAGGAUUCCAAUUAUUGACACUAUUCCCGUGGCAUAUCCAGAGUUCAAGACACUCUAUCUUGCUCAUCACCAGGAUGCCAAUGAGACGCGGCGUGAAUUUACACUUGAUGACAAGACUGCUUCGUACUCUGGAUUCGCCCGCUGCGGCACCUACCCACGCAGGUUUAUAGGGGACACUGUCACACUCUCAUCCCACAUAGAUGAUCUCAUCGUCAUCGUCUAUGCCAACGCCGAUGUUGGAUCUUCCUUUGCUGUUGGUCUCGGAUACUACCACAGCCAAGGAUGGGUGCACGUUGUCUAUGACGAGCACCCUGCAGCUCAAGAGGAAGACUGGACACGCUUCGGCAAGAGGGCAUAUGAUCGAAUGUGGAAUGUACGUGCAGAACAUGCUCAGAGUAUGCCCAAACAUGAUCACGAUGCCUAUGAACGCCGCAAUGACCACUUCAUUAAGCAUGCCCACCUUCCCCGAUCAAUCUGGGCUGCGAGGGUGGUCUGGGGUAGAUGGAACAAUUUCAAGGUUAUGAUUGAUGUCGAGCAAUGUCCCGGUUGCUGUGGUGGCCCGUGCGGAUGGACGACUGCAUCCAAUGAUUACGGUGGCCCUCAUAUGCCAGGGCUUAUGAAAACGGUUUUCCAUCCAUAUCGGUUGAGUCUGGAUGGAUGGCGGGGCCGGCUUGACGAGUGUUGUGGUCAACGGAUUGCGCUGGGUGAUUACGGUGACUAUUCUAAUGGCAAUUUCAAUCGCACUGGCAAUAUAUUUGAGGAUAUGUGGACCGCUGGCAUUGACUCCACGAACUCAGCUUAUCGCCCCAGGGUGUCUCGCGUAUCCAGCUAUUUAAGGCUAAGUAAUCGCAUGGAGAAUUGGAUUGAUCUUGCCCUGGCAUAUCAUGACGAAGAAAAACAUCUGGCGCUAUGUCAACCGAAGAGCCUCCAGCUUCCUGCGAAUGAACAUUUUGUGCUACUACUAGAAGCCUUAUCCACCCGUGCUGCAGGCAAACAUUUGGUAGUAACAGUCAUCCAAUGCUCCGAUUUCUAUAGAGUUGACGAUAAUGGAGAGCGAUGGGAUUCUGGGGACGGCGAGUUCUUCGCAAUCAUCGUACACUGCUCACCUUUUGACUUUGAGUAUCAGACCUGGCCUCAGAAACCCGCAAGUUUGGCGAAGAGAACCGCCCUGCACACGGAGGAGGGAACAAUUCCAAAGGAGCACUUUUACACCCUCAUAAAUAUGAACCAACCAACAGGACACGAUGCCCAUCACAAAUGUGCGACGAAAAACGGAACAAUCAGAUUUUUCUCGGAUAUAUUCGGUCUCCAGCAUCUGAGAAAUUAUGUCGGGGAGAUAACGUUCUUCGAAAGGUUCCCCUGGAUGAUGGGAACUGAUUCACUCAGUGAGAUCUCUGUAGGCAGUACAGAAGAGGAUGACUUACUAGCGCACCCACGAAAACUGUCAUGCAUCGAUUGGAUGAUGACAUGCAAUCUAUUUAUGGGCAACCAGCAAUUCAAUGCUGGUCAGAACCCGCGCCUUGAUGCUAUGUUACCGCGGUUGUACAGGAGGUGCCGGACUCUUGGUGCCAGGGAUGAUGCGCCGGGCCGGUAUGCUGAUGAAAUGCAAAAAGUACAGCAUGAGUUGAAGUCCAUAGCAUACACUCUGAGUGCUGGUCUACUUGAACAUAUUUGUACCACCUUCUACAAUAUAUACCUUCAAGGCGUGUUGCAACGGACAGGCCAAGUGAGCCACAUGGCAUAUGACAGACAACUGAAUACUCCCUCUAUGGUACAAGAGAUAAAGGCGCUCCAAGCGAAACUUAGUGCUACAGAAGAUGAGGAUGAACAACGAGCGCUGGAGGAGGACAUCACAGGAAAGGCAAGGACAUCAUCAACUUGUUAUCUUUCGCCACUGAUCAUCCAUUCAUUAAUAGAUCCUGUGGCUUUGUUGGUGUGGAAUCUGUGCAGAAGUGGACCAACUAUUACCAAAGGUAAGCCCAAUCAUUUGUUUCCAUGGACAGCAUUUGACACGGUUCAGGUGGUGGAUUGCAUUCGGAGGGAAGGAAGCAUUAGUGGAUUAAAGGAAAUUUACUUGGUAAUGCCUUCAUUAACAGACCUAGGUGACGAUCAAGCUCACUUGCAGCGGAUCAUGUUUGAUGCAGGAGUGGCUACAUCGAAAUAUCAGUUGUUGCUCGACACUCGGGCUGCAGAGCAAGCCAAGUGGUUAGGAGCAACUAUUUCGAGGGAUGCCACCGACACCGGCACCCAAGGUAUCAUUCCGAGUACAAACUUCCAAACUUCCUCAUCGUCAGUGGAUUAG